AUGGGGAUACGGCACCUUUUGCUGCUCCUCAUAUACCUGGAUCCCCUGAGCGUUUUCUGCGCCGCCACGGGAGGCAAGAAAGUGAAGACGGAGACCAAGCGGACUCCCAAGGCAAAAGAAGCCAACAUCACCGCGGCGGUCCCCACCGCUGCGCCGCAGAAGAACACGACCAAGGACUACGAUAUGUGCACGGGUUACUACGACGUGAGCGGACAAUUUGAUAGAGAGUUUGCGUGUAACAACACGGUUCACCGCUACUGCUGUGGGUCCUGCUUCCUGCGGUUCUGCUGCCAGGAAAAAGAAAAACGAGUGGAUCAGUCAAGCUGUAAAAACUACAACACGCCGGACUGGGUGAAAACGCCCCCCCCGUCGCCAGCCUCGACGGGACAGCCUUUUGACCCGAGCAUGGACCAGACGAACACUGCGGUGUACAUCACCUGUGGGAUCAUAGCUUUUAUUUUAGUGGUGGGAGUUUCGGCUAAAGUUGCCUACGACAAAGCCACAGAGCCACCUCAGGAAAUGAAUAUCCAUAGGGCCCUUGCAGACAUCCUGAGGCAGCAGGGGCCCAUUCCCAUAUCUCAGUACGACUGUGAGAACUUUGCAGCGAUGAACGGCUCUCCCAAAGACAACACUCCUCAACGAACCUCCUCCAAGAACCACUACACCCCUGUCCACCAGUCCAAGUCCAACCACGGUCUCCAAUACGGGAAGGAGAGCAUCCGCAGCAGUGGGGGUCACGACCUUCAUACUUUCAUCUCUUCCGGGUUCGUCACGUUGGGCCGCGGCCAGCCCAAAGGUACCCAUCAGCAAAACUACAACCAUGUGGUUCUAGGUAGCCCAACACGCACCCAGAAUGAGAACACUAGGAUGAGUGGCAUCCUGACCUCGCAGACGGAGCCAUACGACCUGUCCUCCUCGCGCUCCUUCCAGAGCCUGUCCCACCUGCCGCCCACCUACGAGGCCGCCGUCAAGGCCGACCUCAACAGAUACUCCUCCCUCAAGAGACUGACGGAUAAAGACGUCGACGACUACUACACCCGCAAGCGUCACCUCCCUGACCUGGCAGCCAGAAGCACCCUGCCCUUACACGUCAUUAAAAUGAACCAGGAACAACAGGCCCCCAGGAGACAGAGGCCUCCCCGAGUCCAAAGGGCCAUGUCUCAGGACCGGGUUCUGUCCCCACACCGAGGCCCCCAGCAAGACUAUAGCAUCUCCUACGGGAUGGGGAUGACCGAGCAUGGAGGACGAAUCCUGUCUGAUGAGCAGCUACUGUCUGCUGAGAGGCUGAGGUCCCAGGAACGCCUGCUUCCUCAGGACCGCUUGAUGUCCCAGGAACAGUCGAUGUCGCACGCCAUCUCGCACCCGGACGUGUUCUUGCCCACGACGCCACUCAUGGACCGCUACAAGAUUACCAAAAUGCACUCCCAUCCCAGUGCCUCGAACAACACAGGAGCGGCAGGCGGAGCAGGACCAGGGGCACACUCCAACACGCUAGUCAUGAACCACACGACUAAUAAGAGGCAGCAGUUUGCCUCUAGAAGGACCCACACUAAUGAGAAGUGA